CUUUGUUGACAUCCUCGGUAGGGUUGGCACACCUGACCCUCCCUUCCCUCAAGCCAGCGCCAGCUCCCGUAGGUCAAAAUGGUGAGGCUCACGUACCGACGGCGGCUGUCCUACAACACCGCCAGCAACAGGAGGAAGAUUGUAAAGACUCCUGGAGGCCGUCUGGUGUACCACUACAAGAAGAAGCCCGGCAAGGCCCCAGCAUGUGGCAACUGCAAGAGACGUCUCCCGGGUAUCGUGGUAGCUCGUCCCCACAAGCUGCACCGACUGUCUAAGCGAGUUAAGAGAGUCACUCGGGCGUAUGGCGGCAACCUCUGCCACAAGUGUGUCCGUGAACGAGUUGUGAGGGCUUUCUUGAUCGAGGAACAGAAGAUUGUCGUCAAGGUUCUCAAGGCCCAGAAAGCAGCAUCAAAGGCAAAAUAGAGGUUUAAUAAAAAAAAUACAAGCUA